CAGCAUCUCAAGCUCCACCCUCUCCUGACACACCUGAGAAACCAGGAAGCAUCUGUUCCUCCCUGAAGAGACGCAGGCUGAAAACCAGACGAUCACAUUCACCUUCCAAACCAAACUGAACCAAACCAGACCAGACGUCCUGAGUGAGUCCAGCUACAGGAGAGAAGAGUCAAACUACAACCUGCCGACGCUCAUCAUCAUCACCUCAGUGUGUAAGCUCCUUCUGUUCAAAGCACCUGAUCAUGGGACUGUUUCCACGGUGUUCACUUCCUGCUGCUGACUAUUCCUCUGCUCACUUUAGAUGUUAUUUCAUUCUAAUUUACUCAUUUGUGUUUGUUUCUCUUUAAAUCUCUCCUGGUUUGUAUGUAAGUGUGUGUGUGUGUGUGUGCAUGUGUGUUUAUUUGUGUGUGUGUGUGUGUGUGUGUGUGUGUGUGUGUGUGUGUGUGUAUGUAUUAAUGUUGUUUAGUGAGUUCACGUCACCUCAUAUUCAUUGAUAUCACAUCUCUGUUUUCAUAUCUUGUUGUAUAAUGUUCUAAAGUAUGAAAAGCAUGAUGGUCUUUUAGUCACUAAGUAAUUAUCUGUCUUUGUUACUUUAAUCUCUCAGAAUCAAACACACACAUCAACUUCUCUCCUCUUUAAACCUGUGAUUAAUAAUAACUUUGAUUUUAAAGAUAGUUUAUGACACUUUCUUUGAAUCAGUGUCUUGUGUUUCCUCUCUGUGAAUCAGCCUCUGGCUCACAGGGACUGAGAGGAGGUGGCUCCACCCAACAUGUUCACUCCUGAACUGCAAAGAGCUUCCGUGUGUUAUAAACAAUAUGGUUCCCUCAUCACUGUGGAGCUGCUCGCUGCCCUUACUGCUCUCACGUCCAUUUCUCUCUCUGUGCAGUCGAGGGCUGAGCUCCGCUUCAUCAUCGACAGUGAAACUUGGUUAUUUGUUGCAUUGAAGAGUUGAUGUUUCUAAGAACUUGACCCUGAGAGGAUCAGACAUGAGUGUGAGACCAUAUCAGGAGACGAGGCUGUAAUUUACUGGAGAUUGUUGGUUUAAUGAAGAGUUGACAACUUGUACAGUUUGUAAAUCAUCAGUUAAAUGUGAGUUUCAAGAAGUAAAGUGAGACAGUGCAGCUGUCGGUAUGGGAGAAAAGUCAGUGACCAUCAACGACCAUUAAAGACAAACCAGACUGCUGUUGGGAAAAGGUCACAGGUGAGUGUGUGUGUCUGUGUGUGUGUGUGUGUGUGUGUGUGUGUGUGUGUGUGUGUGUGUGUGUGUGUGUGUGUGUGUGUGUGUACGCACAUUGAGAUAAAACCAACCGCAUUACUGCAGCAUUGGAAAACAUUUCAUCACAAAAUCUAUAAACGUGUGCUGGUCCGAGGGAAGCUCACCUGGAGGCUGAUGUGUUUAACAUAAAUUAUCUUUACUUUUGUAUAAACAAUAAAGAUAUGUGCAGUGUGAGAAUAUGUGUAGUGAUUGUAUCGCACAGGCAGAUGAAUCAGGCACAGUUCAGGGUUAAAGUGUUAGAGUGCAGUCCAUAAGGGAGUGGCAUAGUUUUUCACUGGCAGCAGAGCUGCUUUACAUUUGUUUCAGGUUUUACAGGUUUUAUCAUCCAGCAUCUCCAGCUCCACCCUCUCCUGACACACCAGAGAAACCAGGAAGCAUCUGUUCCUCCCUGAAGAGACGCAGGCUGAAAAACAGACGAUCACAUUCACCUUCCAAACCAAACUGAACCAAACCAGACCAAACGUCCUGAGUGAGUCCAGCUACAGGAGAGAAGAGUCAAACUACAACCUGCCGACGCUCCACACACUGACCCUUCACCUGGAGACUCAAUGGCUUCCAGAUUAGAAGAGGAUCUCUGCUGUCCUGUCUGCCAUGAUGUCUUCAGAGAUCCUGUUCUUCUGGCAUGUAGCCACAGCUUCUGUAGAGACUGUUUGAAGAGCUGGUGGAAAGACAAAGAAGAAAAAGAGUGUCCACUUUGUAAGAGAAGAUCUUCAAAGUCAUUACCACCUGUUAACCUGGCGUUGAAGAAACUGUGUGAGACCUUCUUACAGGAGAGAGAUCAGAGCUCUUCACCUGCUCUCUGCAGUCUGCACUCAGAGAAACUCAGACUCUUCUGUCUGGACCAUCAGCAGCCAGUGUGUCUCGUCUGCAGAGAUUCAGAAAAACACACCGGCCACAGAUUCAGACCCAAUGAUAAAGCUGCACAACAACACAAGAAGCAGCUUCAGGAAACUCUGGAGCCCUUGAAAAAGAAGUUACAGAGUUUUGAACGUGUUAAAGUCGAGUUUGAACAAACAGCCAAACACAUUAAGGUCCAGGCCGGACUCACAGAGACGCAGAUCAAGGAGCAGUUUAAAAAGCUUCAUCAGUUUCUGGAGGAGGAAGAGGAGGCCAGGCUGGCUGCACUGAGGGUGGAAGAGGAGCAGAAGAGUCGGAUGAUGAAGGAGAAGAUUGAGUCUCUGAGCAGAGACAUAACGUCUCUUUCAGACACAAUCAGAACCACAGAGGACAAGCUGAGAGCUGAAGACUUCUCGUUCCUGCUCAACUACAAGGCUGCAGUGGAACGAGUCCAGCAGCGCCCCCUGCUGGGUGAUCCACAGCUGGCCUCAGGAGCUCUGAUAGACAAGGCCAAACAUCUGGGCAACCUGAGCUUCAACAUCUGGAACAAGAUGAAGGACUUGGUGUCCUACAGUCCUGUGGUUCUGGACCCUAACUCUGCUAGUACAGACCUCGUCCUGUCUGAAGAUCUGACCAGUUUGAGACUAGGAGAGGAACAGAAGCUUCCUGACAAUCCAGAGAGGUUUGAUACUCUCGCCUCAGUCCUGGGAUCUGAGGGUUUUAACUCAGGGACUCAUAGCUGGGACGUCCUGGUUGGAGACAGUACAAUCUGGUACCUAGGUGUGUCAGCAGAGUCUGUCCAGAGGAAGGGAGGGGAUCUGAGUGGAUUACGGGGAAUAGGGUUCUGUGGAGGUAAAUACUCAGCAGUGUCACCAUCAGGAUCAUCUGUUCUCUCUGUGCAGAAGAUCCAGAGGGUCAGAGUGAAUCUGGACUGGAACAGAGGAGAACUGUCGUUCUUUGAUCCUGAUACUAACAAACACAUUCACACCUUAAUGCACACUUUCACUCAGAAGAUGUUUCCAUGCUUUAACACUGGAGAUGAUCAUCAUCACCAAUUGAAGCUGUUACCUGUGAAAGUCUCUGUGACUCUGGAUCAGAGCCGUUAGAGAUAAAGAUUUUAUUCAUCAUGUUUAUUUCUUCAAGAGAAAUCUUCUGAAUUUAAAAGUUAAACUUGUUAUUCUAAAGCUUUGUUUAUUUCUCAUUUUACUUCUCACUCAUUUUUAUUUCUCAUGUCGACUUUUCCACGUGUGUAAAAAGAUUUGAUUAUUUUCUGAUCUUUAUCUUUGGUUUGUUUUUUACUUUCAUGGAAAAUGUUUUCUAUCAUUUAGAUUUUGUGUGGAUCCAUGAAGUCGAGCAAACUGAUGAAGAUCCACAUAAAAACACAUUUAUCAAUAACAGCUGAUCAUUGUUCACAUUCAACAAACUUUAUUAAAACUCACACUUGAGACAUGAUUCAUGUUUAAUCACAUAAAGUCUGUUCACAUGUGAAAUAAUCCAACAUAUAUGAACAUUUGUCUGUUUGAUGUAAUGAAGCCAAAAUGAUUCUUUCUGUAAAAGUAUUUAUUCAACAGCAGCCGAGUGAUGUGAUUUUAAUAUUGUGAUCAAAAUAAUAAAAACUAUGAAACAGAAA